CGUCAUUCGACAUUGACAGGACCAGAGAAACAUGGGUAAGAUCAUCGAUCGGUUGACGGAGCUGGAGAAGACAGGGUCGCCCAGCGUGAGCUUUGAGUUCUUCCCUGCGAAGACGGAGGAUGGUGUGUUCAACCUGCUGAAUCGCGUUGAAGAAAUGGGCUUCCAGUUGCAGCCAACGUUCGUUACGCUCACGUGGCGCAGUGCGUUCAAGGACGAGAAGCUAUGGCUCAAGAUCGGGUCGCACAUCCAAAACGAGUUCAAAAUCGACGUGCUCAUGCAUUUGACGUGCCAUUUGCCUCGCGAACAACUGCGAGAAAUCCUCAAGAACGUCCGCGCCGCGGGAAUCCGCAAUAUCUUGGCCUUGCGUGGCGACCCGCCCAUCGGGUCUGAGCGAUGGAAGGCCAUCCCUGGGGGUUUCCAAAACGCCGUAGAGCUCAUUCGGUUCAUCCGUGAGGAACACGGCGACUGGUUCUGCAUUGCUGCCGCCGGGUACGCCGAAGUCCACACGGAAGCGUGGAACAACCCAAACUUGCCGCCGUCGGAUCAAGUCCGUCGCGUGGACAUGCUUCGAUUGAAGGAAAAGCAAGACGCUGGGGCCGACUUUAUCAUCACCCAGUUCUUCUUUGACGUGGACAAGUUGCUCCAAUGGAUUCGCGAUUGCCGUCAAGUUGGCAUUACAAUUCCAAUCUUGCCUGGGUACCUGCCCAUCCAAACGUACAAUUCGUUUCUGAAAUUCACCAACUGGUGCAAAACCAGCGUGCCGCCCCAAGUCGAAGACGCCCUCGUAACCAUCAAGAACGACGACUCGGCCGUCAAGAAGUACGGCAUCCAGUUGGCCGUGGACACGUGUCGUAAGCUGCUGGCCAACAACUUGUCGCUCCAUUUCUACACCAUGAACUUGGCCACGACGGUGCGCACGGUGCUGGAAGGGCUGCAUUUGAUCGAGCGCGAGCGCGGGUUGCCGUGGGGAGCUCCCAUCACGCGCAGCAAGGACGGCACACUGGAAAAGAGCAUCGAACAGGUGCGCCCCAUCUUUUGGUCCAAUCGCGCGUCGAGUUAUAUUGCGCGAACGUCGGAAUGGGACGACUUUCCCAAUGGACGGUGGGGCGACCGCACAAGUCCCGCGUACGGCGAAUUGUCCGAGUACUACUUGGCGUACAAGCGCCCCAAAGUCGCGCGCGACGCCUUGUGGGGACGUCCGCAGACAGAGCAGGACGUGUGGAACGUGUUUGUCAAGUUCAUCGAAGGCAGCGUCAAGCAGCUGCCGUGGUGUGAGCAAGGGCUGUCUGGCGAAAGCACCAUCAUCCGUGAAAACCUUCGCUGGAUCAACUCGAUGGGGUUCUUGACCAUCAACAGCCAGCCCCGCAUCAACGGCGCGCCGUCCGAAGACCCGAGCGUCGGAUGGGGCGGCAAGGACGGCUUUGUGUUCCAGAAGGCAUACGUCGAGUUCUUUGUGCCUCCGCACCUGAUGCAGCGCUUGGUGGUGGCGCUCGCAGAUUACCCCAACUUGUCGUACCAUGCAUUCAGUGCCAACGGUAUGGUUGUUCGUGUGCAUCUUGUUAUUGUAUGUAUGGCUACUGCUGAUAAAUGGCGAAAUAGGAACGGAAUACACCAACUCACCAGGGCCGAGUGUGACUGCUGUGACGUGGGGGGUGUUCCCUGGCAAAGAGAUCAUCCAACCAACGGUGGUGGACACGGCCAGUUUCGCAGCGUGGAAGGACGAAGCGUUCGAGUUGUGGUUGAGUCAGUGGGCGUCGGCGUACGAGACGGACUCGCCAUCGCACCAGUUGAUCAAGCGCAUUUUCGACAGCUACGUCCUCGUGAACGUUGUGGACAACGAUUACACCAACGAGGACAGCGAUAUCUUUAAGAUUUUUGCCCGCGUGAUCACGGAAAGCAUGACCAAGGACGACUUGCGUCAACGCGUGCUGGAACUCGAAGGCAAAAACGAAAAGCUCCACGAAACGGUGGCCAAAUUGAAAAUCAUCCAGGCCGAAGCGAACCGUGAAUUGAAAGACUUGCACGGCGACCUGUCGACUUCCCGUGAAGAAAACAGCCGACUCAAGGCGCAAGUGCGCGAACUCCGCUCCCGUUUGGCCAUGGCCGAGCUCUAAUCAUCAUGCUCACCAAGUCCCCUCGUCCUAGACCGUGCUCUACUUUGACCGCGCUCUUUCGAUCCUGUUCGGACACUUAACAUGACAAAAUUUUGGAAAUCGAAGUAUUGGCUGCCGUCGUACUUGUU